GUACGUAUCACGCACUGUUGCACUGUUGUUAUCAGACUACGCUCAAGGGGCUUCGCUGUCUUGCAGCGGGGAUGAUAGGCAGUCGCACAGUGCGCUAAAAUCUUAAGAAGAUUUAAUAAUGCAGCCGGUGUAGAUCAGUGAAUCAGCAGUGUUCUCCUGUCGCAGGCGUCCGCCCUUCUAAGAAUGAUGUCAUUGAUGUGGAUCAUCAGACGAUAUUGUAAAUUGUAAAUUCCUGCAGAUGGUGGAUCCCAGCCGACUCUUGUCGUUCCCUUUUUUUUAUCGUCAAACCUAGCUUGGGCAGGUGGUGUGGACUCACACUGGUCGUGCUUGGUUUUGUUAAACGGUGUUGGGUGACGAUCUCCGCAGACCGCAAGCUACCAGUACCAUGGAUCCAAGUCUCUUACGCGAACGAGAUGCCUUCAAAAAGCGGGCGAUGGCUCUUCCUGUUGUGGAGAAGCGAAAACAAAAGCCCACGGAUUCUCCAUAUACGGAAGAGCCUCCCAAGAAGCAGAAAACUGCACCGCAACGGAGUGAACCUGGCGGACAGAAAUUCGAUUAUAAGACUGCUUCGGCAGCUUCCAGCGUGAAAUUUAAAGUUUUAACCAACAUCGUCAAGUAUAUGAGGACUCGCCAUCAACAAGGUGAUGAUUACGGAUUGGCUUUGAAUGAGAUUCUGGAUGAAACGAAACAGUAUGAUGUUCCGGCAAAAAUCAUCGCCUGGCUGCGAAACGAAGCUUUACCGGUUAAUCCAAAGAUAAUUAUCGAUGCCGAUGAAAAAUAUCGUUACCGUCCGUCAUUCAAUAUUCGCGAUAAGAAGUCUUUUAUCCAGCUACUGCAGCGUUACAGUGAAGAUGGCAUGGGUGGAAUUUAUAUGGAUGAUAUCGAAGAAUCUCUGGCUAACGCCAAGGAAGUUUUAGAAGAAGUCAAGGAUCAGAUCAUUGUGAUCAAAAGGCCAGCUGACAAGAAAUUCGUGGUAUUCUACAAAGAUCCGGCCGUUUCCAUUGAUAUUCCGGAGGACGUUGUGAAGUUAUGGCGUUCCGUCAAUGUGGAAGGAAUGGAUGAAAAGAAAAUCGCGGAUUACUUGGCACAACAUAACUUUUCUUUCAUCAAGAGCGAACAAAAGCGGCCGAUGAUUGCCAAAAAGCGUGGUCGACAAGGGGGCAGAACUGGAAAAUUCGUUCCUAAGCACAACGAGCACAUUGCUGAUAUUUUACAAGAUUACUCCGCCAAGGGAGGUCAUGUGGGCGCUUCAUGUUAAGAAAUUUAUUUUGCUUCUCUGAAUAUGUCUACGGAACUCAGUUUUUUCGUAUGGAUACAAGUUCCUGCAGUGGAAACUGAAUGAAUAACUAUCGAACUAUGCUUUUUACUUGUAUUAACGAUAAGUACAUAAUGAACUGUGAAAACGGCUUUGGAAUAAAACCGGUAGCAAAAUGCAAAA